AUGUGGUGAAGGUCUCGAGCAUUGGGCUGGAGGUUCCAUUCCCGCUUGGGUUUAGCGCGAGCAGAACUUGCCCCUCCGCGCCCCUCCCACCCUUCCCAUCCUCCAUUUUUUUCACCCGCCCAGGAUUUAACCCACCCGCGUCCCAACGUCUGAAGGUCUCUUCCUUUCGAUUUUGUCUUCGUGCCCUUGUUUUCCCCAAGUCCAUCAACCACCAACCUCGAUACCCUCAUCCUCUUUCUGCAACGCAGUCCACAAAUCAGCCAAAAUGCUUAUUUACUCUGAUAUCAUCACCGGCGACGAGAUCAUCUCGGACUCCUACGACCUCAAGGAGGUCGAUGGCAUCGCCUAUGAGGUCGACUGCGCCAUGAUUGAGGAGGGCGCCGUCCAGGUUGACAUUGGUGCCAACGCCUCCGCCGAGGAGGCCGACGAGGGCCUUGAGGACACUUCCGUCAAGGUCAACAACGUUGUCCACUCCUUCCGUCUCCAGAGCACCCAGUUCGACAAGAAGGGCUACCUCGUCUACCUCAAGGGCUACAUGAAGUCCGUCAAGAACGCCCUCAAGGAGCAGGGCAAGUCUGACGAGGAGAUCAAGGACUUCGAGACCAAGGCCAGUGCCUUCGCCAAGAACGUCAUCCUCGCCAAGUUCAAGGACUGGGAGUUCUACACCGGCGAGUCCAUGAACCCCGACGGCAUGGUUGUCCUCCUCAACUACCGCGAGGACGGCACCACCCCUUACGUCGUUGUCUGGAAGCACGGCCUCAAGGAGACCAAGGUCUAAAUUACGCGUUUUUGUCUUAGCGGCGCAAUUUGGAUCGGGCCUGUGGUUUUCGGGAAACAAAAUACAACGAAUUUCUGAAACGAUAUCCCCCAAAUUUCUCUUCUUCUUGAGUUUACGAUGAUAUGGAGCCAUAAAACCAAAACAUGAAUCGACGACCUUUGAAAGUAUCUAAUAAACGCGCUUUCCGCAUCACUGUGACAGCUUCCUAGCUCUGAUGGAUAAACGCGCUAUUGGCUGUUGGUAAAACUGGUCAGCUCUCACAAGACAAUUACGCUCCUUAUGAUUCUCGAACUCGGCCUACGUUAGUAAAUGGACGUGCCAUUGAGAUGAUACAACAUGAUAGGACGCCCGUCCUCAGCCAGUUUCCUUGUCCCUAUAUGACGCUAUCAUGCAUGUGACUGAGAACCUUGGUGUCCAUUCUUUCCUAUCCUAUCCUAUCCUAUCC